AUGGUCAAUAAGUUUUUAUCCUCAAGUGAUAUUAAAUUGGCGGCUGUACAAGGAUUAUCCAUAGAUUUCCUUUGGUACAACGUAUACGGAUUUGCAUGUUAUUCGAUAUAUAAUUUGGCAUUCUUUGCAUCUGAAGAAGUACGUGACGAAUAUCGAUUUAGGAAUGGCGGCAAAAGUAAUUUGGUGCAAAUAAACGAUGUGGUAUUUGCCCUACACGCAUUAACCUUGAGUAUCAUCACCUUAAUUCAAACCUUUAUAUAUAAGAGUGAUUCAUAUCAGCGAAUAUCGCCGGUCGCACUCUCAUUAAUAACAAUGUCAUUUUUGGGAAUAUUUUCAUUGUUGAUUGGAGUUUUAUUUGGAUUAAAUCAGUGGAUUGAUUUAUUAUAUUACAUGAGUUACAUUAAAUUAUGUCUUAGUUUCGUGAAAUAUGUUCCCCAAGCGUACUUGAAUUUCCGAAGAAAGUCCACUCUUGGAUGGAGUAUUCAUAAUAUUCUAUUGGAUUUCACCGGUGGAAUCUUAUCUAUCUUUCAAUUAGUGCUGGACGCGUAUUUACAAGAUAACUGGGAUGGAAUAUCAGGGGCAAGACCUCGCAAAAUUCUGAUCUUUCCUCUUUAUUCAUUUGAUAGUGGUCUCGGAUUUCUUAGUGUGGCAUUUGACUUGUUAUUUAUGACACAACACUACAUACUUUAUCGUAAUCAUAAGAAUUAUGAUUUAUUAACGGACGAAACGGACGAAAAUGUUGUUGUUGAUGUUCUUUCUCCUAAUGAUGACUUGGUGAAUACUCGUUUAGUAUCAUCGAAUUCGUUACCUAGUUAUGUAUCUUGA